UUCGGAUCUCUGUGCACCCUCGGCGUGAUAGAGUAUUGCCAGCACAGAACAGAGCUGAACUGAUCUAGCUGCUGCAUGCAUGGAAGAAGGUGAAGAGGUAUAUGUGGACUGGAGAGGGAAUGCGGUGGACGAGAGGAGGCACGGAGGCAUCAGGGCAACGGUCUUCCUCUACGUUUUGUUCAUGAUAAGAAGCUGCUCUAAUAGCUCAAACUUCAGUAUGGUGGCCUAUUUGCAUGGCAUGUUGCAUCUAGACAUUGUGACCUCAUCAACUGUGAUAAGCUACCUAGUUGGCACCGUGAUGAUAUCUGCUGCUGCGAUGAACUUCAUCUCUGAUGCGUGUAUCAAGCGAACCACUGCUAUAUUUGUAUUUGGCCCAUGUGUGGUCCUGGGUUAUAUGUUGCUAGCUCUGCAAGCCCAUUUUCCUUCACUUCAUCCUGAAAUUUGUGCCAUUGACAAAGAGCCAAACAAUUGUGAGGCAGCUCAAGGUUGGAAUUUGACACUGCUCUACUUGAGCUUGUUAAUCUUUGCUAUUGGGGAGGGCUGCAUGCGUGCUUGCAUACCAUCCCUUGGUGGAGAUCAAUUCAGCAAUAGUGACCCAAAGAAAUCACAGCUCCAGAGUAUGUUCUUGACCAGGCUUAAGUUUACAAACUCUCUUGGAGCUAUUAUUGGAUUGGCCUUCUUAGUGUGGAUUGAGAAUAACUUGGGUUGGGACAUCGGAUUUAUGAUGUGUGCCCUUAUUGUUCUUGUUGGGCUGCUUGUGGCAGCCAGUGGAUAUCCUUUCUAUCGCAUGCAGAAGCCUAGUGGAAGUCCUCUAACUAGAACAUUGCAGGUUCUUAUCAUUUCAUCAAAUAAGAAGGCAGUUGCCAAUGUAGAUGUCAUUGAGCUACAAGAAACCAAUACACAAGAUCAUGUUUUCAAAUUUGGAACCAAUCAAGCUGAUGAAACCAAGGUCCUCAUUCAGAUGCUUCCAGUUUUCAUUAGUUGCUUUCUUGUCUACUUGCCAUUCACGCUGCUAAUGACAUUAUCCAUACAAGUUGGUCGUGCAAUGGACAAAGGUGCAGGCGUCAUCCAGAUACCCUCUGCCUCUCUCAUUGCAAUCCCAACAACAUUCCACGUGCUGAUGCAACCAUGCUACAGCAGAAUCUUGACAAUUCUGCUGAGAAGAACCACAGGACAUGAGCAUGGGGUCACCCCACUGCAGCGUAUUGGUGCUGGAUCAAUUUGUGGGAUCGCAGCGGCAUGCGUCGCCACAUUAGUGGAAGCAAGAAGAUUGAAUGUUGCAAAGCAGCAGGGGUUAACAUCGAUAGGAACUGGUGUGCCAAUGUCUAUCUUCUGGCUGGUAAUCCAGUUCUUCCUGCUAAGCAUCAUGGACAUAGCAUCCUUUGGUGGACUAAUUGAGUUCAUCGAGAGUGAGGCGCCUUCGACAAUGAAGCCAAUUGCACCAGCAGUACAAUCCUGUAUAGCUGGAUUGGCUGCCUGGUCAUGUAGCGGCUUCAUUCAGCUUGUAAACAGAAUGACAAGGAGUGGGAAUGGUGGUGGAGGAUGGCUGGAUGGAACAAAUUUCAACAAAACACGCCUUGAUCAUUUCUUUUUGUUGUUGGGAGCCUUUGAGCUAUUGGCCUUGAUAAAUUACACUUUCUGGGCCAGGAGAUAUGCUAGGAAGCUACGACGUAUCAGUACUGUCGAAACACAUGAGGACGACACAAGACAUUAAACACAAACAUAAGUAUGUCGUAAAGGCCACCCAGGUUUGAUGUUUUCUCUUCAAAAAGCCAAUUUUGAUGACUUUUAAUACUUAAACCAUAGAUAUUACAUGGAGUGUAGUGUAACAAAGAAAUUACACAAUCUCCGUGACUCCGUCAGUCAAAAUAGAGGGUUCGCUAGUAAGGCCGGAGUUACCAACGGCCUAACCAAUGUGCUAUACGGUGGAAUUCUCUGCAGCUGCAAGAAGUGUUAUCUCAUCUCGCUCAAUAAAAAGAACUAUUAUCUCGUAGCGCACAAUCCCACUGAGUAAUCACUUCUCUCAACCCUUCUUUAGCCACCAUUUCCAGAGAAUAAAAUGAAAUCAAACGAAGACCAAAUUUGUGGUGGCCAUCUUGCAAAGGGGUGCCAAAAUCUAGCCACCCUUUAGUUCUUUUAUUUUCUCAAGAUAACAUGUUUGCUUUUUUUUCUUUCCUUAUAUAAAUAUUGUUUUCGCCAAAAAUGGCUUGAUGUUCCAA